UGAUUGAUUCAACAAGGGAGAGAGAGAGAAGGAGAAAAUGAGAGCGGGAGGGAGUAGGAGAGAAGGCAGAUGCCAUAGGAGAGGAGGACUUGCUGGUUCCUAUCUGCUGGGCAUUAGAGCUCUUCACUGGGUGCAUAUCAACUGAUGAGAAUCCAUAGAACCCGGCAGACAGGAUUUUACAACCUGCGGAGACACACAAGGGAACUACACGCCCGGGGAGAACGUAGAACCGACAGAGCCGAGGGGAGGAACCGAGAGGGAGCCGGAGCCUGGUGCUGAAGCAGAGAAGUUAAGGGCUGUUGAGGUGUCUGGGUGUGAUUGGGCACCCUCUAGUGAACAUUACUACUACUACUACUACUACUGCGACCACUAAUCUGAGGAAUCCGAUAUUUUCUGUCUUGGCUACUUUUCGCCCAUUGAGCAAUUCAAGAGGCCUCUGGUUCAGGGUUAAAUAGACACCAUGUGGUGUUUGGAGCUGCUUCUGCCGCUGUUGCUAAUCAUCAAAGAUGUCAGUGGCCAGUGGAACGUAUGGAUACCCAGGGACAUCUCGGCCAUGACCAACUCCUGCGUGGUCAUCCCCUGCACAUUCAUGUACCCGUCCGGUAUCCGUCUGCACUACGGCAUCCACGGAAUCUGGUACUUUGGCCAGCCCUACCCCCAGCUCUUCCCACCUGUGGUGUUCAAGACGCGCACAGAAAUCGUACAUGAAAGUUACCAAGGGCGUACCAAGCUCAUCGGGGACCUGCACCAGAGGAACUGCACUCUGCUCAUCAGUAAUAUUGGUACAGAGCACUCAGGGAGGUACUACUUCCGUGCCGACCUGGGCGGUGCCAACAUCUACACCUACCCAGACUUCUCUGAGCUCAAGGUGCUGGACCAGCCGAACAUUGACAUCCCUGAGGAGAUAGUCGCUGACGAGAAUCUGGAGUUGACCUGCUAUGCUCCAGACAACUGUCCAGAGAAUAGCCCAGAGAUCCAAUGGAUGUACACAGACUACCUGCCUGAACCUGAGUAUACCUCAGACUACGUGGCAGAGAGCAACACAGCCGUGCUGUCCAGCACGCUCACCUUCACCCCCAGGCCCAUGCACAACGGUCAGCUGCUGGGCUGCAGGGUCUCCUACCCCAACACCACCCUGGUCUACGAGAGACUCAUCUCUCUGGACGUCAAGUAUGCCCCUCGCUCGGUGUGGGUGAACGUGUCCGCGGAGGUGAUGGAGGGCAGCUCGGUAACGCUGCACUGCGAGGUGGACAGUAACCCUCCUCCCAGGAUCUCCUGGCUUUUUGGGGACCAGGAGCUGCUGUGGGACACAGCCUCCAAUGCCUCGCUCUCCCUGGACGACUUAACCCCCUCUCAGGAGGGUAUCUACACCUGUGUGGGGGAUAACGGCUAUGGCGUCAUGAACACGUCCAUGUAUCUGGCCGUCUUGUACCCUCCCAGUGAGCCAGUGGUAAAUGGCUCCCUGACCAUUUUGGAAGGUUCCUCCAUCUCCCUGCAAUGUAGCACACAAGGCAAUCCCACGCCCACCCUCACCUGGCUGAAGGACGGGGAGCUGGUGGGCAGCAUCACGGCCGCGGAGGUGUCUGUGCUGGAGCUUCUGAAGCUCAACCCUCAGGGAGACGGACAGUACCGCUGCCUGGCAGAGAACGAACACGGACGAGCCAGCAGCUCCCUCAACAUCACUGUGGAAUACGCCCCAGUCCUUCUGGACGAGUCCAAGUGCACAGUGGUGAGGGAGGGAGUCCAGUGUGUUUGCAUGGCUAUGGGUAAUCCUGAGCCCAUCAUCGAGUUCUACCUCCCCGACAAGAACAUCACCGUCAACGACACGGACGGCCGCUACAACUACUACACGCACACGGACGGCCACACGUCCACGGGCAUGAUCAAACUACGGGAGAAGGGCGAGCGCCUGGGCAACGGUGCUGUCAAUGUGCACUGCAGCAUUAGCAACAUGUACGGGUCAGAGAGCUUUCAUCUGGAGCUACAACAGGAGAAGAAGUACAUGAUGGCAGUGAUCGUUGGCACCAUCGGUGGAGUGGCUGUCAUCGCCUUCAUCAUCGCAGCAGUGAGAUAUGUGGGCCAUAACAACAAGAAAGAGAAUGGCAACCCUGGGCAGGACCUGGUCUCUAAACUGGAGAACCCAGCAUUGUACUACAGCACAGUCAAGAAGGACAAACAAUGUUUGAGGAAGAAAGUGCUUAAGACAGAGCUUCUGGGCUCAAAGUUUAACUCCAUUCUAGAGGAGAGCACGGGAGAAGACGGGGAUUAUCAACCUGUGGGCUCUAUGGCAGACCUGGAGAGGCAAGAGCUGAACUAUGCCGCCCUGGAGUUUCUGGGGGGGCGCUCCAGGGAUGGGGGGGCCUCAGGGAGGGGGGAUGACGGCAGCGACUACACCGAGAUCAAGGCCAAAUGAAUCGCGAUCCUUCCCUGACCCAUCGUCACCGCGGGACACAGUGGCAGCCAUGUUGUCGCCCCCUUCCUCACGUCAUUCACCCCCUCU